CUGUCUGUAUCGUGACGUCCUUGAAUGUAACGUCAGCCCACACUGCCUAGGGGAUCUGUAGGUGGCGAUCAUUGUUAGAACAAGUCGCCACAGUAAGUCUUCAUAUGUUUUUGUGAAGCAAAGAAACUUUGGGAUAAAGACAACUGCUUAAGUGUCAGCGCUGUAGAUUAUCACGAUGCCUGCCACGCCCAAGGAGAUCCACCCCGGGGUGCCUGAUUACAGCACUGUGCAUGAGCCAGUCGGGGACCUGUUUCCCCCGGUUACCAACAAAGCCGAUUGGUCUAACUUCCGUUUGACUAAAGACCAGAUUGCCCAGUUCAACAAAGAUGGCUUCCUCCUGAACGUGCCGAUUCUCACAGCAGAACAAUGCGACAGAAUACUAGAUGACUACAAGUACUUCACGAAUGAGGACAAGAAGCACCCAGGGAUGGACUUGUUGUAUGAAUACCAUAGAAACCAGACUGGAGACCCUUCCAGGGUCCUCAUGCACUGUCUCGGGCACUGGCGGAUGACCCAGCUGUUCCAUGACCUGGCCUUCCUCCCCUCGGUGGUUGUGCCUGCAUCACAGCUGCUGGAACCGACAGGGAAGGAGGUACCGGUCCGAUUCUGGCACGAUCAGCUGUUUGCUAAACCCCCGCAUCAUGGCGGAGUCGUCGCCUGGCACCAGGACUAUUCCUACUGGACACGCACUAAACCUAUGAUGCAUUUAACGGUUCACAUAGCUCUGGAUGAACAGUUUGAACAGAAUGGGGCUCUCAAGUACAUCCCGGGGUCUCACAAAUGGACCAGAAAUGGCAGCCCCCUACCAGUGACCGACUUCAACUUCGCAGACAUGGAGUCCAUCCAGACGAUACUGAAUGACGAAGAGAAAGCUGCCUUUAAGCCAAUCACGGGCAACCUACUGAAGGGUCAUGCCAGCUUCCAUCAUGCGCUGGCUGUCCAUGGUUCCUAUGGCAACAAAUCCGAUGUGCCUCGCCGAGCUGCCGUGCUGAAUUACUUCGCUGAUGGCGUCAAAUCGGAUUCCAACGAGGAAUUGCUCAAAGGCAUUUCUAUCCCAAAGGGUAACAAGAUGGAAGGCCAGUACUUCCCCAUUGUGUACGACCCUGCCUGGGCCGUCUAACACCCCUGCUUUUCACAACCUUUCUUAGAGUCAUCACCGCAGAGGGAGUGCCAUCGUGAAUAACACAUCGAGACACACCAAGUCAAUUAUUUGUUCUUGUUU